AUGAAGGUAGCUCUAGUGGUUAUAUUUAUGGUGUUGAUAUGUCGACAAUUUGAAGCUCAUCAAAGUGCUCAAAAAUACUGCGGUCGACGGUUCCCCAGGGUGGUGGCGGCCUUGUGUUAUCCUAGCACUGAAUUGGUAAAACGUGAUGGUAGCUGGUGGAUGUUGCAGGAAAGAGCUCGAGCUCUCGGUAGAGUACGCGGCAAACGCGGACCCGUCGAAGAAUGCUGCAAAAAACCUUGUACUAUCGAAGAGGUUCGCACGUAUUGUGAAAUGUUUUAA